CAACACAGACAUCACGAAUAGAUAUUUUCGCUUAAAAUAUCUCUCGAAAGAUUAAACAUUAACCAUGGAGUCCCUCAUGGGGAGGAGUCUUUACGCCUACAGCACUCCCACAAUGCCAUCCCUCUGUGUGGUUUGCGGAUCUGAUGGGAGAGAAACACAACAUGAGCUCAAGUGAAGUCAUCGGCCUGACAGAGAAAUUUACAUUUAAUCCAAAGGAGGGAAUAGACAACCCGGUGAUGGUUAUUACAGACACUGCAGACUCUACACCCAGGCCACACCUGUGUGUUCUUAAACGAGAGGAAGGGGAGAGCUACGGCUUUAACCUGCGGGUGGAGACGGACUGCCAUGGACAUGUGAUCAGAAACGUGGUGUCCGGGGGGAUAGCAGAACGAAGCGGCCUUCAAGAUGGUGACAGACUUCUUGAGGUCAACAACUACUAUGUCGAUGACGUUUCUCACACAGAGGUGGCUAGGAAGAUUAAGCUCAGUGGCCACCAGUUAUGCUUGCUGGUGCUGAAUGGGGAGCAGUAUGAGCGGGCUUUGUCUCAGGGACAGGAUCUCCGAGGUCUGGCCAGAGCCUACAAAGAGGAAGGUUGCAAACCACCCAGACUUUGCCACGUCACAAGGGAUUCUGUCUCAGGUCUGGGCAUCAGCUUCACACCUUUGGAAGGAGAGAAAGGACGCUUCUCAGUGAGCCUGGUGGCAGGAGGUGCUGCGGAAAAAGCAGGGGUGUGUAGGGGAGAUCGCCUGGUGUGGAUGAAUGGAGCAAUGGUGUCCCAUCUCACACACUCUGCACUCAGCAGAAUGAUGAAAAAAUGUGGCAAUCACAUCACCAUCCUCGUGAUAGACAGUGAGAGUGAGAACAUCUAUUUGCAAAAAAGGAUCCCCAUCCUGCCUGCCAUGGCUGUUCCUCACAAUAUGCCUUUUAGAGCCAGAAGACUGCAACUUGUGUCCGGGCCUGAGGGCUACGGCUUUCUCCUUCGUCUUGAAAAGACACCAUCUGGGCGCACAUAUCAUGUUCUGCGUGAGAUUGACAGAGACAGUCCAGCUGAGAGAGCUGGUAUGCAGGAUGGAGCGAUCCUGCUUGAGGUCAAUGGGGAGUCAGUGGAGUCACUGAGGCACGACGAGAUCGUGGAAAGAGUGAGACUAAGUGGACAACAGGUCUCGCUCACCGCCAUCACUGCCUCGGGGCUGGAGUUUUACACCCAGCUUGGUCUAUCUCCUCUUCUGUUUUGUGAUGAUGACACUGCUGAGAAAGAAAAGCAGCACAAUUUGCCAGCCUCAGAAGAAGUUCAGUCAUCAUCAGAGAGUGAUUUGUGCCGUCCAAGACUCUGUGCUUUUCAAAAAGGCCCUUUGGGGUUUGGUUUCAACCUGAGCUGUGACCCGCAGAGUCCUGGAGCUUUCAUUAGAAAGGUGGCUUUUGGUGGUCCCGGGCAGAUUGCUGGAUUAACUGUGGGGGAUGCAGUUAUUGAAGUCAAUGGAAAAAAUGUGGAGCAGAAAUAUCUGGAGGAAAUCAUCAUGCUUGUGAACAAGGGAGGAGAUUCUGUUUCUUUACUACUCAUGGAUAAGACAAAAUAUAACAAAAUGAAGAUGAUUGACACACCAACUACAGAUGUCACAGAGAGAGAGCAGGAAGAAGAUGGCAACUAUGAAAUUUCAGUUUUGUGAAAAGCAAUGAUGCUGAAUCCAGAAGAAGCUCCCUAGCACCAUAUGACUACUGAGUAGAUUUAAAACUGAUCCAAACAAGCUAAAGAAAAAACUAUAUAAAGGUUAUAGUAAUGAAAUACCAGGUGAUCAGAGGGAAUCCAGACAAUGAGUUUAAAACAUACACAAUUUCUGUUAUUUAAGCUAUGCAGUGCGAUUGUGAUAACCUGAUAAUGUCAUUUUGGUCAGUAUUACUGUAUAUGCUAAGAGUCGUUUGCAAUAAUUACAGCACUUCACUUCAACUCAAAUAGAUAAUGCAGCAACUAAGGAAAUGGAAAAUGUUCAGCUAUCUAAACUGCAAUAUUCUCUCAAAAGCUAAUAGAAGAAACUACAAUUGUUUUUUGGAUGAAAAAACAUUUUAUUACAAUGUCCUGUAAUAUGUUGAAAAUGAUCCAAACCAAAAGAAAAUCAUGAAUUGUUAUUUGUGGUAGAAGUUGUAGAUGGAUGAUGUAUGAAAUAUAAUGUGGCUUUAAAUUAUUUUUGUCAUCCAUUGUAUAAAAUAUUAAGUCUUAAGUGUGCAAUACAUAGAAGAAGAACAGAGAAAAUAAAGCUUUAUAAGAGCACAAACUGAUGAUUUUGGAUGAUAAUGAGAAGAGUGAUGAGCACUGUAAUGUCAACAGCUUUCUAAAAUGUGACAAAACACAACCCAAACUUUUCUGUCUGUCUUACCAAACCUAUUAUGUAACUGACAUCCAAUAAAAAGUACUCUUAGCGCCAUUUCAGCUGAUUGUCCACAUGCAACUGGAAGAAUUUGAGGGGAAGAUCCUGGAGUGCCAGCAUCUUAAAUAAAUCCCUAAAAUGUAAACAACCUGUCAAAAAGCUGUCUUGAGAAUGAAAAAGAACAUGCUAAAUAAUUUGCCAAAAAUAUAAUAAUUAGAGUGUGAC